AUGGAUUCAAUUAUAAGUUCAUCGGAUUUUCCUCUAAUUGAUGAUCAUGUCAUAUCCUGUGAUUUACUUGGUGGAUUCGAUUUAACAAUGGACAAUAUUCCAAAUUCCAAAUUAAUAUAUUAUAACGAUACAAUCGAUUCCUCAGAACAAGAGACAGCUAUUAAGAUGAUGGAUGAGUUGAGUCCUGAGUUCAAAUCGGAGUUUGACGAACUGUUUGACAACAUCGAUAUCGGACUGUUCGAAGACUCAUCAUCAACAAAUGUAAACGAUCUUUUUCCUGAUUUUUUUUCAUCAUCGUCACCAAUUGAUUCCACUUUCCCAUGUUCCCAAAUAAAAUGUGACGUUGGAACUGAUCCAAUGACACUAACUCAACAAACAGAACAGCAAUUACCAGUUAGCGAUAUUUCUGAACCGAAACAAGUAAAUACAAUUACUAUACCACAACUACCAACACGUACAACAAAAAUUAUUCAUCUAAAACGAGCACUAACAAAUGAAAAAGCCAAUUUUGUUCAUAUAGAACCAUCAUCGAAUAAUACCAGUGUUCGUACUUACCCUAGUUUUAUUCAAAUAUCCGGUUUGCCAUCGUCGAAACCCACUAUUCUCAUCUCAGCUAAACCAGCACAAACAACACAACAAACAAUUCCAGCCGGUUGUUAUCAACUUCUCUUAGAGAACAACAAUAAAUUACAAACUGGAACAAUCAUUAAUGAAGCAACUACAACCACCACAUUAGGAGAAGAAUGUAAUAUGGGCGAAUCUGAAUUUUUUGAUACUGACUUUCCCAUGACUCCUUCCACUCACAGUGAAUCAGCUGACGAUCGAACAACAUCUCCAGAUAUAACGACAAAUGAAUAUCCUACUUAUAUAUCUAGCACUGGCACGCGCCGUCAUCAAAAUGCUCUAGUCAAAUUAUCUUCAUCCAGUAAUUCAUUCGUAUCUUCAACCAUGCUCACUGAUCUUGGAAAACUCCCAUCAUGUGGAUCAUUGCUAUUAACCGAUGAAGAACUAAAAUUAAUUAAGCAAGAAGGCUAUCAAAUACCGACGAAGUUACCAUUAACAAAAACAGAAGAAAAAAUAAUGAAAAAAAUCCGUCGAAAAAUUAAAAAUAAAAUAUCCGCUCAAGAAAGCCGUCGUAAAAAAAAAGAAUAUGUUGAUACUUUAGAAAGACAAGUAGCAAAAUAUAUGGAUGAAAAUGGUAUUUUAAAAGAUAAAUUAUCCAGUAUAGAAAAAAAUCAUCGGUACAAACUACAAUCUCUUAGAUCUAUGGUGGGAAAAGGAACAACAACAACUGGUACUGUUUUGAUGGUAUUAGUUUUAUUUUUUGCCGUUUUGUUUGGCAUUUGGUCACCCAUCACAAAUAAACAAGAAGAUUUUAUGCGUUCAUCAUCAUCAAAUAGUUUAUCAAGGUCAUCAAAUCAAGAUAGAUCGAAUAGCAAUGGUCUUGUAACACAACCAACAGCAAAAUUAUUAGAUCAUAAAGACAUUAAACAAGAACCAUCACCGGCAACAUUCUCACCCUAUGUAGCAAAUUAUAAAUCACGAGUUCUGUUAUCCGUUUCUGAUGAACAACAACAAGAACGAGACGAUAACAAAAAAUAUGGACCAUAUUUACCUAAUAAAUAUAAAUAUAGUUCAAAUGUUAAACAACUACAUGCACCAGCUCAUACAUAUUCACAUGCAAUACAAAAAUAUAUGAAUAAAAAACUGAAAACAGAAAGCGUACCCAGCGAUGCUGAUGUUGUCAUGAAUCAAACUUAUUCUACAAAUUAUCAUGAAAAAUUACCGUGUCUGAAACGUCCAUUAUCAUCAACACAUGAGCCGUCAGUUAUUUUAACCGAUAAUAAAAUAAAGUUUAAUACUGGUGUACGUCCAAAUCAUACGUCAAAUUAUCGUAUUAAUGAGAAAGUUGUUGUUAUCGAUUUAUCUGAUCAAAUGGAGAGAUUUAUUGGUCAUAAUGGUACUAAUCUAUAUGGCGAUGCUAAGCCGUUAAAAAUUAUACGUGUUGAACGAACAACACCAUCUACUAUAAAUGAUACAUUGAAAAAUAAUCAUAGUGCGUGA